ACUUAUACUCCUAUACUUUUAUUAUUCAUAUUCAUUCUAACAUUUUAUUUGUAGAAAAAAAAAAAAAUGGACUCAGAUUCAUGGACUCGAAUCUCUACAUCUAAUUCUUCAUCAUCUUCUUCUUUAAGGCGUUACCAAUCUCGAUCAGAAGCAUUUCAUCACGUGGAAGAAUUUGAGAGUGAUGAUGAGCCAAGGCCCGAGUAUCUGUGUCCAUUUUGUGCGGAGGAUUUUGACAUUGUUGGUCUUUGUUGUCAUAUCGAGGAGGAGCAUCCAGUUGAAGCAAAGAAUGGGAUAUGUCCUGUGUGUGCUAAAAAGGUUGGGACUGAUUUGAUUAGCCAUAUUACCGUGCAACAUGGAAGUCUUCUAAAGAUCCAACGCAAGAGAAGAUUACGUAAAGGUGGAGCCAACUCAACCCUUUCGAUCCUAAAGAAAGAGUUCCGCGAAGGAAACCUACAAUCUCUUCUUGGAGGUUCUGCAUAUUUGGUUCAACCAACCAACAGCACCGAGCCUGAACCAUGGUUAUCUUCUUUCAUCUCCAAUACGCCUGCUGUUCAUGAACCACCAAGUGCUCAACCUUCAGAGGCUGCUGAAUCAGAGUCAAUUGUAGAAGGCACCAAUAAGGAUUUGUCACAAAGGAGCAACGAACAGCAGGCUCCCCUUUCAGAAAAGGAUCAAGAGGAGAAGGCUCGUCGAAGUGAAUUUGUUCAGGGCCUUCUGUUUUCUACUUUUCUUGAUGAUGGUUUAUAAGUUAUUUAGUCGUGUUUAGUAAACAUCAGGGCUACACGAAGUGUUUUAGGAUAAACAGUGUAAUUCUUAAAACUUCGUAUUGUAUUUAGUUGAUACUUAUAUAUAUAAUAUUUAUAAAAAUAUGCUUAACCACUA